UUUUCAAACGUUAUUACUAAAAGAGGAAAUCGGAAGUAAACACGAGCACGAGCUUGGUGAUCGGGUAAACAGUAGCCGAGGUAUCAUCGUCAUAACUAAGGAUGGCUGAUGACAUAGAUGAUUUAUUAGAUGAAGUCGAAACUAAAUACUGUACACGAGGAAAUACUACAACGGGAUCCCACAAAAGGAUAACUGCCAAUAAACCCAGGAACAGAGCCAGAUUAGAUGAUGACAUUGAUGACAUUCUCAGAGAAGAUGAUGACAUGCCACAGCUGAAGCAACUUGAUAUAGGCAGUAAAACAUCAGUGGAUGGUAAAGACAACCAGAGGUCACAAUCAUCUCGAAAAUGCUUUCCUGUAUAUUUAGGUGGAAGCUCCUGUGUCCUGGGCUUAGCCUCAAGUGUAAAUAAACGGGCUUGUGACAGGCUGAGGUGUACAUCAUGUGACUUUCGAGUGUCACAGUUUGACAACUUUGAAUGGCAUACAAGUACAGACUAUUUGUUUCUGAGGAACAAUGUACCUGAUUUUGAAAAAUUAAAAUCUAAACUUAAAGCAAGAAAAGGUGUGAGAGCGUACUGCUGCCAGUGUUGCUGGAAGUCUGUACCGGAUCUGGUGGAGCUGAAAGACCCCAAGUUGAAGUGGGUGUGUGGCAAGCAUUGACGCUGAUCAGAGUCUAGAUCACAGAUUCCACAUUCAUCAUUCCGUCCCUUAAACCAGCAUGGAACAACAAUCGCAAACCAUUUGUUCAUGAAUGAUUUGACAGGCAUUGCUUUGAAGUUGACACAUAACAAAAUAGAUAUGUGGUUAACUACUUAAUUAUUACACUGUUAUAAUGAUGUUCCAUUAUAGAUUGGGCAGUGGGGUAGCCUAGUGGUUAAAGCGUUUGCUCCUCACGCUGAAGACCCGGGUUCGAUUCCCCACACGGGUACAAUGUGUGAAGCCCAUUUCUGGUGUCCCCCUCUGAUAUUGCUGGAAUAUUGUGAAAGCACCGUAAAACCCAACUUACUCACUCAAAUUACAGAUCAUUAUAAUGUUGUUCCUGCUCAGAAAUAAUUAAGUUAUUGUCCAUUAAGUGUGUCCACUGCUUUUUGUCACAGCUUUGGAAUCAGAUUUAGGCAGUUUGUUAUGAAUUGUAAAUAGUGUAUUGAAGAAGCUAAAAAUAUAUUCAUGAAAUAUUGGCUAUAUAUAGUUUGCUCAUGGAAAUACUCAUGAGUUAUUAACAAAGAUAAGACUAUUAUAUUUACUAUAUUAUUCUGUAUUACUUGCAUUUAACCAACCACAGAUUUGUUUAUAUAUAUAUAUAUAGAGGGAGAGAGUUAUUUCUGUUGUGACAUAGAUAUAUAUAGGUAAAGACUUUUAGAGAAACUGUAUUCAUUUGUAAUAGGAGUUUUGAUUUUCAAAGGCUCAUCCAUUUCAUGUUAUUGAUCCAUAAUUCUGGCAUGUGUCGCAGUGUCAGCAUGAUAUUCUAGUAUGUUGAAAGGUUCAAGACAUCAGUUCACAAAUUAUAACUCCUGCUAUGUGCUUAUCCAUGUCAUCAUUGCAAAAAUUGUUCUUGAGAUUAUCUUUCAUUUGUUGGCAUCGUAUGUGUGUGAUGAGUUCAGUUUGUGUGCUACUUUCUGAUGAGGUGUGUUUUAACUUAUAGUUGUUAAAUACCAAGACACUGUUUCUGUCAAACAGUAAGAGAUGAUAAAACAACAGUUUAAUCUCACUACUGCGACAGGAAGAAAUACAGAAAUACGACACUUUGUCCUAUCAAGUCUCAGUGGUGAAGGAUUUUGCACAUUAUGCCAAAAUGCUAAUUGCAAAACAUUAUUUCUGGAAAACUGCUAACAGCAGCAUUAAGUCAAACUCUCUCACAUAUUUGUUAUUGGUCAGACUGCUCUUGCUCUGUGUUGACAAGGAUAAAAGAAAGUGAGCAAUUUAAGGAACGAUAAAGUAGAUACUCAUUAUGAUGCAUAUUUAGUUAGUACUAAAAAGACCCAAUUCAUUUCAGGGACCACAAAAUCUUCGCAGCUCAAUUAAAUAUGAGUAUCUAUGAGAAGGUCCUGAUGAGGUGUACAUUUUGUGUAAAACAGCUAAAAUACACUAAACAUGUGGGUGGUCAAAUGUUUAUUGUAAAAGAUAAACUUAACAAAACAAAACUACUGGUGUAUAUUACUAUCGUUAUUGUGCUAAAAUGUACAAAUUAUAACUGACAAGAUCUAAUGACACAAAUCCAGUAAGAUAUUUGUAUUUGCACAACACAAAAUUGCGGUAGUGAAACAAAAGCAGAACCAGCUGUCCCAGUGUUUGCUGACAGACGAUUUGCAACUUUACAGCUUGUCUGCAGUAUGUUUACAAAACCUCCCGAAAAUAAUUCUGGUACUGAGUGAAGGGCAAAACUUUGAAUAUAACCCCCACUGCCAGUCAGGGCCUUUACUGAAGGGAAAUGAUUUGACGGACUUGAAAUAUACAAUACAUAUUGGUAGACCCUUACUAAAAUUUGAUUGACUUGUAGCCUCACCUCCUGUCAGGACCCUCACUAAAGGUCCAAAAUUUGACUACUUGUAACCCCCACCAUCUGUCAGGACCCUCGCUAAAGGGCCAAAAUUUGACUACUUGUAACCCCCACCAUCUGUCAGGACCCUCGCUAAAGGGCCAAAAUUUGACUACUUGUAACCCCAUCAUCUGUCAGGACCCUCGCUAAAGGGCCAAAAUGUGACUGCUUGUAACCCCCACCAUCUGUCAGGACCCUCACUAAAGGGCCAAAAUGUGACUGCUUGUAACCCCCACCAUCUGUCAGGACUCUCACUAAAGGGCCAAAAUGUGAGUGACUGUAACCCCCACGAUCUGUCAGGACCCUCAGUAAAGGGCCAAAAUGUGACUGCAUGUAACCCCAACGAUCUGUCAGGACCCUCAGUAAAGGGCCAAAAUGUGACUGCAUGUAACCCCCACCAUCUGUCAGGACCCUCGCUAAAGGGCCAAAAUGUGACUGCUUGUAACCCCCACCAUCUGUCAGGACCCUCGCUAAAGGGCCAAAAUGUGACUGCUUGUAACCCCCACCAUCUGUCAGGACCCUCACUAAAGCAUCUGUCAAGGGCCAAAAUGUGACUGCUUGUAACCCCCACCAUCUGUCAGGACUCUUGCUAAAGGGCCAAAAUGUGACUGAUUUGUAACCCCACCUCAUGAUCCUCACUAAAGAUGCAAAUGUUUCCAGACCAACUUUUAUGAUCUGAAUAUAUGAAUGCCUCUCUUUUCAUAAACAGGAACCUCGGCCAAUCAUGUAACUGACUACAGUAUCUUGUUCAUUCCGUUGUUGUAUUCAAAUGGGUUGUCAAACCUGUACUGUUGUGUUCAAACAAUAAAACUUAAAACUUU